ACCGACGCAAACGGCCCUACCAGUGAAAGGGCCACCUGUUCACACUUUACGUCCAUUAUUUUAUGACUCUUUUCCCGUGGCAUUCCCUAUAUUGUGGGAAUCUGCGUCCAUUGCGAUGCGUAUUGCGGAUUUAUUUACGUCAGUGUCAAACUUGGCGUUUUGAUUUGAAAGGUGUUGGUUUGUUUUACAUUCUGCCCACUGGUUGGUAGCAAUACGGCCCCUCGUCAAAUCCCCUUCCACUUCCCUGUCUUAUCGGGAAUUUCCAAACAGUGUCUGUCUGUGUAAUGCGUUCCUUCCCUGGGGCAGUUCGCCAGACAAACAUUACCGCUUACGUUGGUCCCCCUUCUCUCAACGGGGGAUUAUGUCACCUGCCGAAUUGUCAAUGUAUCACCUGCAAAAUUUUGUGAUGUUGUGUUAGUGGAUGUCAGUGUUAAGUGGCUCCAGUGAGAGGCGAAAGAAAAUUUGUUAUCGUGUGACUUGAAGAUACUUAUCACCGAGGAGAGGUUAGGCGCUAGCAUUCCUCUGUGCUGGUGUUGUCAUCACAUAUUACACAUAAAUAAUGGCAACAUCUGUAUCUGAAGGACGCGCUAUGCAUGAAACUGAUCAUGGUGGAAGUGAUGGUGGAGGUGCGGAAGAUGACGACACCGGCUCAGAAGUAAGCAGCGUUGUGAAUAAUGGAUCUGUGAUAUCAACCGUACCAGACCGGCAUGGAUUUCUUGGAGGCUCACAGUAUUGCCCAGAUGAGAAGCAGCUGGUGUCCCCUGUAGUCGUGCUUCGCCGGGAACGGAAGUGGCUGGCCAUGAUCGGCGGCUGGGAGAAGUACAUGGACAAGAACUAUAAGAAGGUCCGCGAGCGGUGCCGCAAGGGCAUUCCCACAUCGGUGCGGCCGCGCGCCUGGCUCUACCUCUGCGGCGGCCACCUGCUCAUGAAGCAGCACCGCGGCCUCUACGCCCAGCUGGCGCUCCAGGACGGCGACCCGCGCUGGGUGGACGACAUCCGCAAGGACCUCCACCGCCAGUUCCCCUACCACGAGAUGUUCGCGCAGCAGGAGGGCCUCGGGCAGAAAGAUUUGUUCCAGGUCCUCAAGUCCUUUUCGAUUAUGAACCCGGAAGUCGGUUAUUGCCAAGCGCAAGCCCCGCUGGCCGCCUUCCUGCUGAUGCACAUGCCUGCAGAGGAAGCAUUCUGGUGUCUAGUCUCCAUAUGUGACAAAUACUUGUCUGGCUACUAUAGUCAAGGAAUGGAAGCCCUUCAAGUUGAUGGUGACAUUCUUUUUGGCAUUCUAAAGAAGGUUGCUCCAGCAGUUUACAAGCAUUUGAAAAAACAAAAAGUUGAACCUAUUCUGUAUAUGACAGAAUGGUUUUUAUGUGUAUUCACCAGGACUUUGCCAUGGCCAACACUCUUAAGAAUCUGGGACAUGUUCCUUUGUGAAGGCAUCAAAAUAAUUUUUAAAGUUGCUCUCGUCGUUCUUAAGUUUAGCCUUGGCCGAUCAGGAGUUCUGAAGAAGUGUCCAACUAUGUAUGAAACUUUGGAAGUGCUAAGAAGUCCUCCAGAGCAUGUCAUGGAAGAGCAAUUUGUGGUGGCACAGAUUCAGAGACUGGGUAUAACAGAAGAAGAUUUUGAGUACGAGCACAAGCGCCAAGUUAAUAAACGUAGAGCAAACCAAGAAAAAGACAAAGCCCGUCGACAGGAUCGAUAGUGUAGAAAUGCAGAGUAACAAAGUGAGCUGUAGUAUAUUGUAUGGUCUCUACAAGAGAUCAUUUGUACAUAUAUUCUAAGCGGCAGUCAGAAGGAACAGGAUAAAAGAAGGUAGAUGGUCUUACUUGAAAUAUUUAUGAUAUCCCCCUUUCCCCCCAAAUUUUAUCAAGUUGUUUGUUUUCUUUUCAUAUCUAUGAAGAAAAUUUGUAUUCAGUACUGACAGUCCCAUGAGCUUUCCAUUCAUGAGACCAGAGCUUUUGUCUCAUGCUCCAUUCCAUCCCUUUUUGGUGUUUAUAGAAGCAAAUUGUGAGGGUCUCAGACCAGUGUAGAAAAGUGCCUUCUCUAAAUUAGAAGAAAUUUUUGUGUUGUGUUUCCCAUUCUUUUAUGCCUUUUGAAUUGUAUUUUCUUUAAAAAUAUGUAAAGUAAAAUUGAGUGUGAUUUUGGAAAGGAAGUAUUUUUGGAAAGUUUUAGCAUAAUGUUAAUAUGUCAUCGCACCUAUGUCAGAUCUUAAAGCUUAGCUUUACAUGCCCCUUCUGUAAAUUUUUCUGCUACGUAUUCUGAUAAGUUCAAAGUGUUCACAAAAUGUUAUUUUCUUUCCUUGCAUUGAUAUUUUUAUCAAUAACUUAAGCUUUUAUGUAGACCUCCAUAAAUGACUAUAAGGAAAUCUAGUCACAGGGAGGAAAUGUAUUUUUCUUCUUUCACAUAUCGUAUCAGUCCUCAGUAUUAUGUUUCUGUAAUGGAACGCUUAUAAGAGAACUAUUUCUCCGUUUCACUCUUAGACCUUGUGUGUAACAGAAUAUAAUUUAUCUCACAGCUCCAUCUUAUAUAUGCAAUAAACAAGACAAGGCUUAUUAUUCUUCUUACUCUUGUGCCAAAGUUGUUUCAUGUUUAUUAACCAGUCUCAUCUUACAACUUUUCAUUCCAGUUUACAUUUUCUAGAUCUUUUUCCUAAAUUUUAAUGCCCUAGUGAGUGUUGCCAAGUAACUCAUAAGUACUUGCUUCGGUAUUGUUUUGCCCAGACAGACAGAAGUCUUCAAUCAUUCUCUGUUGGCAGAUAUAUUUUUCAGUUUUUUGUUUCUUUAAGCGGAGAGAGAUGAGGCUGUAAAAAGUGUGAUACUGUAAUUGUUGAAGCCUUAUGAAUAGAGAUAUGCCAGUGAGCCGCAAAGAGUACAAUUUUGAUUUGGAAUGAGUACAUACUGGAUACAGAAACUCUUAAUGGAUAUUUUUGAACCACGGGAUUAUUGGGACCAUAUGCUAUGUGAUUGAGCAGUAUUUUUGUAAGAGUUUUGUCAAGCAGAAUAAUGUCUUGUGACUUGUGUUACAUGAACAGAGUAGGGAGUUGGUUGGGCACUCACCCUUUUGUGUAUUGGCUCUUCACAAGAUGGUAAGCUUUUAUUUAAUGGCUUUAAAUUAUUGUUUUCUCAGACUGAAUGUGAAUGUGUUAUGUUUGUUGUGUGAUGUAUAGUUUGAAUGAUAAAUGUGGUUUUGUUAAGUUUAUGAAGAGUAUUUAAGUGCCUUUUCUCAAGGCACUGUACAAAGAAAAAUUGAUUCCAUAAUCCCAUUCAACUGAUAUUGUUCAGAAAUCUUCUAGUAUAUAUUUAAGUAUAAGUAGUUCUGCAAAGAACAGUCAAACUAAAACAUGGAACAAUUAUUAGAAGCCAGAGAUUUAUCGUAUAGUAUGUUAUAUAGCAUGAUACUACAUGGCUUAAGCAAUUUGAUUGUUGCCAUCAUUACCAUUGUAAAGAUUGAAUGUUAUUAUGUAUGUUUCCUUUAAGUUGAAUGUUUAUAUUUUGUUCAAGUGCAUGUUGUUUAGUUUCAUUGAUGUAAUUGGUGCUCUUCAGGUGUAGAUGAAGCAGAGACUACACCUGCCUUCAUCCGUCAAGAGGAAUAAAUAAGUUCAAAAUGAGCUUCUUAAUCGA